GGGAGGGAGAGAGACAGAGAGGGAAUAGAGAGACAGAAGAGAAGAGGCUCUUUGGCUGCUUACAACAACAGCCAGCCUGCCCAGCGUCUUGCCGUGUUUUCUCUUGGUUGCUUUAAUUUAUGCUUGUGAGGGCCAACAAAGAAAAAAGCUGACAAAAAGCACACAGUCCUUCCCCCAACCUUGUUGACGGGAACGGACAAGAGCUUAGGCCUCAAGCCAUUCCAGCUGGGGGCAGGCACUGAAGAAAUAAGAGGGGGAAAGAGACAGAGGGACACUUGGACAGCAGAGCUUUCGUUGUCUCUCUGACAGCUAAGGUCUUACUGGGCUCCCUCACACCACUUCUCAAGCAGUGAAGCCACAAAGCCUGGAGGAGAGGAAACAGCAAGAUCCAGGCCUUGUUUCACAACAAACAACACAGAGGGUACUUCCUCGAACUUUGAUCCUGUUUUAGACAGAGAGGAAGAGUGGGAGACGACAGAGGGAGCUCUCCUUGAGCAGUCUUUGUUUUCAUUAAAGAGCAUCAAAACAAGGAAACUUUCAGACUACAAUUACAGGCUGGACCUGCUUUGCACCUUUUGAUCCUGUUGACCUGGAAGAAAAUCCCGCAAAGCAAAAGACGGAACUACUGCCCAAAGGCACUCUGGGAGUUCAGCACAUGUGGACUUUUUACCUUGAACGUUUGUUCUUAGUUUGCUGUUUGUAGAGGUUAUGAUUCCACGUGUGCACGUCCUACACAAACAAGCUUGGACUUUUCAGGACUAACAGGACCUUUCAAGAAUCUGUGUUUUGGAUGCUUAAGUAUCAGAAAAUCUAGAUUUGUUUUAGCAAUAUCUACAUGUACUUUCCUUUUAUAUCUGGAGCACUCAUACAAGAGUAAAGUGAUACUAACAUGGUGCUGUCAGAUUGAAAGAUACCACUUUCUCUGCACAUUAAGAACUGGUUUGACUGGUUUGUGAGAGUAGGAUAGUUCUGUUUUCCCUUGCUUGCUCUGACAUUGCUGAGGUGUUUUUCUGGAGAAAUCUGCAGAGAGAGGACACCAAGUCAUUUCUCCGUCCUGAGAGGGGCUAUGCCCCCCCCCCCCCUCUAAGUUUUGUGGCCAAUGAGACUUGUGGAAUUUUUUUGUCCAUUUUCUACAAGAGCGUGAACGUCUGUGUUUAAUUUAUUGUUUCCUGUGAAAAGGGCAGGUUGGGCUCUGUUUCUUGCCUGAACUGUGAACUGGCCUGUGAAUUGGCAAGCUUUUGAAAAGACAGGAGGAGUCAGAGGACUGGGGAAACAGAAAAACACAAGAGUGGGUGAGCAGAGGGAGAGAGAAAGGGGACAGAAGAAAGGGGUGUGAGAACUGUGGAUAAACAAAGCAGGAGUUAGUCAGCUCAGUGGGACAAGAAUUUCCAGGUCACUCCUGAGUGGUAGGAAUCACAACAUCUGAAGAGAAGCAAAAUCCAGAGCAGCGUUUUUUGUUUAAUUCUCAUUCAUGAUUGGCAACAGUCUUUAACACGUUUAAUUUAACCCUUUUUGCUCAACAUCUGUGUCAGAUUUGACCCAGAAGUGGAACUCUUCAUAUGGUCAGACUUUGAGCUGGUGCUACUAGAGUUGCAUCUGUAAACAAAUUUUAUAGGCUAAUAUCAAACGACCAAAGCACCUGAGGUGGGCGGAAGUUCCAGGCUCACUCUCGCUGGGCAGGCCUGGUGGAACAGCGAUGGCCAUGGUGAGCGGGGGAUGGGGCGAUCCCGACAGGGACACCAAUGGGCUGGGGGAGAAGGGGUACCUGAGGGGCGACGAGGACGACGGAUCCCCCCAGGCGGGGAGCAGUGACAUCGAAGUGGGAGAGGACGACAAGGCCUGCGUGGUGGACUGCAGCGUGUGCGGUGACAAGUCCAGCGGCAAGCAUUACGGCGUCUUCACCUGCGAGGGCUGUAAGAGCUUCUUCAAGAGGAGCAUCCGCCGCAACCUCAGCUACACCUGCAGGUCAAAUCGAGACUGCCAGAUCGACCAGCACCACCGCAAUCAGUGCCAGUACUGCCGCCUGAAGAAAUGCUUCCGUGUUGGGAUGCGUAAAGAAGCAGUCCAGCGUGGACGCAUCCCGCCAACACACGCAGGCAUUAGCCCCACAUCCAUGCCCGGGGGCGGUGCUGGCAGUGGAGUGGGGGCAGGCGAGUUCUUCAACGGGCAGCCGGUGUCCGAGCUCAUUUCUCAGCUCCUGCGGGCCGAGCCGUACCCCAGCAGCCGGUAUGGGCCCCAGUAUGGCCACCAGCAGCAGCAGCUCCAGGGAGGCAGCGGCCCCGUCAUGGGCAUCGACAACAUCUGUGAGCUGGCGGCCCGCCUCCUGUUCAGCACCAUCGAGUGGGCGCGCAACAUCCCCUACUUCCCCGACCUGCCCGUGUCAGAGCAGGUGGCUCUGCUGCGGCUCAGCUGGAGCGAGCUCUUCAUCCUGAACGCAGCACAGUCCGCCCUGCCCCUCCACAUGGCCCCUCUGCUGGCCGCCGCCGGCUUCCACUCCUCGCCCAUGUCGGCCGAGCGCGUUGUCUCCUUCAUGGACCAGGUGCGUGUCUUCCAGGACCAGGUGGACAAGCUGACGCGCCUGCAGGUGGACUCUGCUGAGUACAGCUGCCUCAAAGCUAUCGCUCUCUUCUCCCCUGAUGCCUGUGGACUGACAGACCCUGUGCAUGUGGAGAGCCUGCAGGAGAAGGCCCAGGUGGCACUGACCGAGUACGAGCGUCUGCAAUACCCGGGUCAGCCACAACGUUUUGGGCGUCUGCUCCUCCGCCUGCCUGCCCUCAGGGCCGUGCCCGCUUCACUCAUUUCCCAGCUCUUCUUCAUGCGCCUGGUUGGCAAAACCCCCAUUGAGACUCUUAUUCGUGACAUGCAGCUCUCCGGCAGCUCAAUCAGCUGGCCCUACGUCCCAGGGCAAUAAGGCUCCCCUGAUCUGCUCCCACUCUGGCACUAAUGUCUGCACCACUGGACACUCUCUGGUACCUGGCCUAGGGCACCCUAUGCCCUUUUUAUUCAUAUACAUGUGUCCUGAAACAGUGCAGCUUUUCUUUAUAUCACAAACCCUGCUCUGAUGCAGUAACUCCUGGAAUUGUCCCAGGGGUUUCACUACUCUGCAUGGCUGGAGGUCUUUGUGAGAAAGAAAAAUAUUUAACAGCUUUACAGGGAUGAUGUUGAUUAAAGUAAUUGGACAUAUGGAUGAAUGAUUUAUAGCCUGACAACUGUAAGCUUUUACGGCUUUAUGGCCUUUAAUUUCUAGGUUUUGUCACAGUUGUCCCAGCUGGGGCUCAAUGGCAAUCUGCUCUCUGACACUGUCCAGCCCUUUUUUAGCCUCCUUUUGGAAAAUCAUGUACACUUUAGAUGACAAAGGUUAGAAAUUUGUCCACUAUGUAACAUUUUGAAAUAUAGAAGAAUUUUAGGAGAAUGCUUUAAGAGUUUACAGAAUGAAAGGCCAAUGCCCAUACCAGCAGCAUACCGGCAUUGCUACAGAAACAGUAAGACCUUGGAGCUGUCAUUUAUAUUGGUGGAAUUCACACUGAAACCACAGCACUACAAGCACUAGAAGUAAUUUGAGAAUUGUGCUGCAAUACAAACUCAUGAGCCAAACCUUGUCAUAAACCUUAUGUAAGGGACCCUUUUCUUUUAAAAAUGAGAAUGUUUAUUUUGAAA